ACUUACACCUGCGCCGGCCCAGCCUCCACUCAGUUUAGCUUCCAAAGGCUGAGCCGCACGCGCUUCCACCGCCGCGGCCGACGCAACACGAAAUCGCGCGAAAUAAAUAUCGAUCUUAACCUAUAAUAUUCAAUAACGAAUUAUUUAAUCUAAGUAUUUAUAUAGUAUUUAUUCAUUUCCAGUAGUGUUGUUAUAUUUUUUUGUAUUGUUUAUUUAUUUGAUAUCUUUUAUAAAAAAAUAAAAAUGAAUUUCUUUUUUGGUAAAAACAUUCCCAGUGUUCUAUUGAUGUCUCUGGUUAUUUUGGCGAAUGCACAAAGAAGAGAUGUUGACAUGAAUGAACUGGAGAGACAGAACAAGAUCACCCAGCAGAUACUGGAAGCGUUCAUUCAGAAGAAGUUGGGGCUCCGGAGUACCGUGCCGAAGGCGCCGUCGAUCCUCGACAUACUGCCCGUGAAGAUGCCCACACUGCCGGUGACGCAACAAACAGACACGGAGACGGAGAACAUAGAAGAAGAUAACAACGACCCCAUUGACAAUCAGGAGCUCACAGAAGACCAGAACAUAAGAGAAGACGACAGCCUACAGAGUGUGGAGAGCGAACAAAUCGAUUCCAUAUACAACACGAUUACAGGUAGGAGCAAAAAGUACUCGCCACCACCUUUCGAGGCGGACUUGGAACCGAGUGGUUACAAUCAAUGUUCAAGCUGUAACGAUGACGACCUCGGCGUGACGCGGUGGACAAUGCCUCUACUCAAAUCUGGAGAGAAGAAAUAUUACCUCGGUAUCUUCUUUAAGGCAAACUGGUUCAAAGCCCAGCAGUACUGCAGGUUCCACGGCAUGCACCUGGCGUCCAUAUCUUCGCAGCAGGAGAAUGACAAACUGGAACAAUACGUUAAGGACUCAGGUUUUGGCCGUGAACACUUCUGGACUUCAGGCACUGACUUGGCUGAAGAAGGCAGCUUCUUCUGGAUGGCCAACGGCAGACCGCUGACCUUCGUCAACUGGAACGCCGGAGAACCCAACAACUUCCGCUACGAGAAUGGAGAAGAAGAGAACUGCUUGGAGCUGUGGAACAGAGACGACAAGGGUCUCAAGUGGAACGACUCCCCUUGCUCCUUCGAAACUUUCUUCAUCUGCGAAGUGAGGUCUGAUUGAUGCCCCCCUCCGCUAGAUGUCAUUAGUUGUUGUGUGAUUGUACAGUAGUGUGCUAGAUGUCGCCAUUUGUUACAUUACUACCUGCAGCUGUGCCUGCGAAGACACUUUUCGAAACUAUUGCGAUAGUUUCUUGAAAACUGCACCCCGACCAAGUAUAUACUGCGGGAAUUAAUACUUAUCCCAUUUUAAUGAGAAUCAACUGAUCUCUUCUUUAUAUUGUAAUUUACAUUUUCAUAAUGCAGAAGGAAAAAAUAAUACAUACCCAAAAUGUUGUUUGUAAACCAAAUGUAACGUAAUGUAUGUUCGUAUGUUGAAUGAAAUAACUAAUCAACUUGUUAAUUUUCUAUUUUUCUUAAACUUACAUUGUGUUCAAGACGAUUUAUUUGGUAACAUUACGAAAGAAAAUUAUCUUAAAAUAAAAUUCGAAUAAAGCGAAAGCCGUUCGGUCAGUAUAUAUGUAUAGGUAACGUAAGAAUAUUUAAAUAUUUCAUUAUUUAUUUGUUUUUUAUUCUCGACUUCGAUUGGGUCGUAUUCGGUAAGGGUUUUAAAGAAUUGCAAUAGAUCUGGAUAUUAUGUAACUUUUUCUUAUAAGCGAUGUGAACGAUCACUGCCUAAUGAUCUUUAAUGAACCUCCGAGCAUGUGCUCAACGGGACACUUGUGUCCAUAGUCAAACAUAGUGGGUAAAUAAAAUAUAGUUACCGUAGGUGUAAAUGUAUAAAAUAGUCUUAAGUACAGACAAUAAAAAUUUUAAGUGUA